AUGCACAGUCUCGGCCAACAAACUACUGGAAUACAACGAAAAUAUGACGAAAUACAACAUGAUCAAGAAAUCCUGAACAGACUUUUAGAUAAUCUACGAGAAAGUAGCGAUGCUCAAGUUGCGCAGAUCAUAUCGCUGAUUCGCAGCAAUGCUUCGAUGGAGGAGGUGAAGUCCUGCAUCGAGCAAGAAUUGGAUCGACUGAGCCGAUCGGGCCGCGAGCCGACGCCGGAAUUCGUCAUGCUCGAGAUCGAAAUUUGGCGUGAGAGUCAAAUUAACAGACAUCGAUAG